GUGUCCUGACAGGUGAGCGCGCGCAGCUGGCUGGUCGCUCUCGGCGUUUGACAGAUGGAGUUGGUUUGACUCGGACUCAGGGCUGAAAGCAUUUGGUGAAAACAGGAAGAAAUUCACGUCUUUUUUAUCUGCAAUGAGAGGUGAACAGACUGAAAAUGGAGAGAACUCAACGAACUCGCAGAGCGAAAUCCUGAUCAACCAGCUGAGGGAGAUCACUGGCAUCCAGGAUCCACAGAUUCUCUACAGAGCCUUGAAUGCCAGCCAGGGGGACAUUGGACAUGCUGUUGGGCUGCUGACAACCCAGACUGUAGAGGUUCAGGAUCCUGGAGAACCACAGGAGUCAGGGGCCUCUGCAGAGGCCUGGGAGGGCCAGAAAGGACUUCCUAAAGAUGAACUGCAGGCGGCCAUAGAACUCAGCCUGCAGGAGUCUCACAAUGCCCAAGCGGAGGAGAGAGAAUUCAACAGGGCUCUGGAGGCCAGCGCCGAGGAGAACGCAGCGAGAAUGAAGAGGAAGAGAAGUGAAGCCCAGAGUGAGAUGUGCAGCCCCGCAGACUGGGUCCGCCAGGACGACUGGCCCGUGGGCAUUCGCAAUGUUGGCAACACCUGCUGGUUCAGUGCCGUCAUCCAGUCACUGUUCCACCUGCCCGUGUUCAGGAGGCUGGUUCUCAACUACCAUCUGUCUGAGCGAAUACUGGAGAAGUGUAAGAGCCAUUCUGACAAGAGGAACAUAGCUUUCAUGCAGGAGCUGCGCUGUCUGUUCGCCCUCAUGGUGGGCUCCACUCGCAGGUUUGUGGAUCCUUCUGCUGCAGUGGAGUUACUGCGAGACGCCUUCAGGACCAGCGAGGCCCAACAGGAUGUCAGUGAAUUCUCCCACAAGCUGCUUGAGUGGCUGGAGGAUGCAUUUCAGAUGGCUGCCAAAGAUAACGGAGAAGACAAACAAAAGAACCCCAUGGUCCAGCUUUUCUACGGCACCUUUGUGACAGAAAGAAGACACGAGGGUAAGACGUUGUGUAAUAUCGAGCAGUUUGGCCAGUACCCUCUGCAAGUCAACGGCUUCAACAACCUGGACGAGUGCCUGGAAGGUGCAAUGGUUGAGAAGGAGAUCGAGUCUUUACACUCGGAUCACUGCGUCACAUCUGGCCGUGAGAGAUGGUUCAAAAGGUUACCGCCGGUCUUGACGUUUGAACUGUCUAGAUUUGAAUUCAACACGCAGCUCGGUCGCCCUGAAAAGAUACAUAAGAAACUGGAGUUCCCACAAAUCAUUUAUAUGGACAGAUACCUUCACAAAAACAUAGAAAACACUCAUGAGAGGAGAGGAGAUGUGAAGAAACUCAAGGAUCAACUUGCAGCCCUCCAACAGAAACUUGAGUGCUACAAAAACUAUGGCUCGGGCCCUACCAAGUAUCCUCUGACUGACAUGCUGCAGUUUGUGCUAGAGUUCGCUACCACCAAGCCUACAAGUGUUUCCCCAGCAGAAGAUCUGAGACCAGCUUCUCCGACUCCUGCGAGCCACCCCCUCAGUGAAGUCCUCUCCAAAGACAACAGUGAACCUGGAGAUGCAGAUUCAUUGGACGAACUGAUUUCCAGUGUUUCCAUUUGCCAGCGGACCCCCAUAUACAAGCCCUUCACCCAGUGCAGACUCCCCGUUGACUGCCCACCACACCCAGCCCCCCACAGCGUUAAUGAAGAAGAGCUGCACUAUGUUAAGACCUGCAUACAGCGCUGGAGGACUGAAGUAGAGAAUGACAUAAAUGAGCUAAAGGCCAGUAUUGACAGGCUCUCUCAGAUGCUCGAGGGCAUGUACUCACACAACACUCUCUGCCAGACACCCUACAGACUCCAUGCGGUGCUCGUCCACGAAGGCCAGGCGUCAGCAGGCCAUUACUGGGCCUACAUCUACGACCAUGCAAACCAGCGCUGGAUGAAGUACAAUGAUGUCAGCAUCACUGAAUCAUCAUGGGAGGAGCUGGAGCGAGACUCGUUUGGGGGCAUGACCAACGCCAGUGCCUACUGCCUGAUGUACAUCGAUGACAGGCUACCGCAGCUAAUUACAGAAGACACAGAUGACGAGACAGGCCAGAUGCUGCACGGCAUGGACUCUCUGCCAUCCAUCCUCAGACGCUACGUCCAUGAAGAUAACCGCUGGUUCCAGCAGGAGCUCAGUGAAUUGGAGGAGCAGUUCUGCCAGACGGCAGCCCCACAGGGAGAGUUUACAGCGUCUGCAGAGCCCACGAGCCCCGGUCCAGACGAUGUACACCAAACAGCAGUAGAGCCAGCGCCCCAGUCAGGACCAUCCACAGAAGAGCUCGACGAGGGGGCUUCUUCAGAGCCACGACCACAUCCAGCAGAGACGGACCCUGAGCCUGAUCCCAGAGACGAGCCUGAAGAAGAAGCAGAGUUAACACCAACACCCCCACCACAGAGCUCUGGAUCCCAACCAGACGACACCAGCGGUGCGGCCGUCACUGACACCCUGGAGCUCAGCCAGAGCUCCACCUCAGCUGAGAAAGAGCUUCAGAGUCAGACUCCCGGCCCUGAAGCAGAGCUAAGUAACCCGACACCAUCUGACCUCCAUGUGGAGGAGGACGACACGCAGGCGGCAGGCCUCGGCCCUGAAGCUGAAGGAAAGCCAGAGGCUUCCGGAGAAGCUCCUGAACAUGAAGCAAAGCAGGAGGACAAGGAGCAGCAGCAGCAGGAGGACGAGAAGCAGCAGCAGCAGCAGGAUGAGGAGCAACAGCAGCAGCAGCAGCAGCAGCAGCAGCAGCAGCAGCAGCAGCAGCAGCAGCAGCAGCAGGAGGAGGAGGUCCCAGUCAGACAGCGGCAGACUGAGAACGAGGUCUCAGAAGUGGAGAUCCCCAACGUGGGCCGGAUCAUGGUGAGAGCGGAUGCUGAUGGAUACAAUGAAGAGAUGAUGCUGACUCCAGCUAUGCAGGGCGUCAUACUAGCCAUAGCCAAGGCCAGACAAACCUUCGAUAAGGAAGGCCCCGAGGCUGGCCUCAUCAAGGCCUUCCACGAGGAGUAUUGCCGCUUGUUUGAGCUCUCCCAGGAGAAGACCAGUCCCCAAGAGGACGCUCGUCUGCAGCACUCUCUGGUCUACUUCUUCCAGAACAAGGCGCCCGAUCGUAUUAUUGAGAGGACGCUGCUGGAGCAGUUUACCGACCGCAACCUGAGCUUCGAUGAGAGAGCCAUCGGUAUCAAGAGGGAAGCCCGAACCAAGCUGCGCCUCAUCAAGCCAGAGGACAUGGAUAUGGAUGAGUACUUGCAGUGGCAUGAUGACUACAGGCUGUUCAGAACAGUGUUCGUCUACCUGUUGACUGGGCUGGAGCACUACCAGCAUGGGAAGAUGAGAGAGGCACUGAUCUUCCUGGCUCAUGCGUACGAGUCCAACGUGGCCCUGCUGAAGAAUGGAGAGAAACGUGGCAUGGACACGUCUCUUAUUGCCGUUUACAGGAGGAAAUGCCUCACUGCAUUGAAUGAAAGCGCAUCGAAGCUGUUCUGCAGCGGUGAGGAGACCAACGUGGAGGAGGGCAUCGCCAUCAUGGACGAGGCAGUCAUCCCCUGCCUUCACCUGAUGAGCCGGGAAGCGGCUUUAUCCCACGACGACCAGGACGCCAUGGAGAGCAUCCGCAGCCACUGGUGCUGCUGCCUGGGCCAGGACAUGGAGGACUCGUUGCAGGUGAAGCUGGGGGAGUUUCUGCCGCGAGUUCUGGACGGUUCAGCUGAGACGGUAGUUCUUAAAGAUCCACCCAAUGUCCAGGUCAACCAGGCGCACGACCUGUGCAGUCGCAUGGCCGCCGUCAUGGAGUCCAUCCACAGCACAUCUGUAGUGAGCGUCAAGUAAAGCCCGGAAAGAAUCCCCCCCCCCCCCAACAACCUCCUUCAACCUGCAAGCAACUCGGCCGAUCGCUCGCUCUGUGCUGACCGACUGCGGUGUUGAGUCAGCGUGUCGUUUUCACCGUUUCAAUCAUUGUAUCUGCUGGUUUAGCAUCGCACAUGCAUAUCAUUUAGAUAGUUUAACAGAGCCAGCUGUAAGCUCUCUUCAGGGGUCACCACAUGGAUUCAGGCUCAUUACAACAUCAAGGAAAUUCAACCGAAAAGCCUCAACAGGCUUCUGUUAAUGAUCUAUAUACAUACAGCUGCGCAGUCCCAACCCCAAGUCUGCUGAGAAGAAUAGUACUUCAAAGUUAUAAUGGCCCCAAAGCAACAGCAGGUGAUGUUAGCAGCUCACUGUGAUGCUGCAGAACUGCUCAAAGUUAUUGGUUUACCAGAUAUCAGUGAACAUCCAGACCUUCCUCUUGGUACCCAACUCCAGAGAGCCCAGUGCUUCCUGUCAGGACCAGUUCUGGUACGACGUAGUGGCUCUGAUCUGUUUCAUAACUGUCGAGCUUCAUGAACCCAACCUGGACAAAGAAGAUGUUAACAGUUGGAGAACAGGCUGCUCGAAACUCUUAUGGUCACUCUGAAUACGUUUCAUCGGCCGGCAAACUUGUUAACUUUAAAUACCGCCGACAAAUGUUAAUCAACUGAGCAGGAAGUGACUGGAUGAGUAGGAUUUGUGGUUGUGUUGCUAAGCAGUGUGAACGCACAAUAAGAUUUGGACUGCACGGUAACAAAUGCUUUUUUAAUUAAAUAUAUGUUUUAUAUUACUUGUACAUGAUGGGGAAGUUAGAAAGAAAGAUAUCCACAGAAGUAUUAUGCAUACACAUAUUAAUAGCGGAGCUGUUGCGUGCUCAUCUGUAAACCCUUUGAAAGGAAAGACUUGGGACAGGAGAGGAGGAGAUCCUUUGUCUGGUGUCCCAGAUGCAAUGCAGCUUUUUCACUUGUACUCUGUGAUGAUACUCAAUAAAUGUUUGAAAUAC